AUGUUUCGUCGUUCGUUAGCUGUGUUUUACUCGAAUACAAAUCUAGGAGAUCCUGGAAAGUUAAUGAACUCCCAACAAAAGGUUCUUGAUAUCAAUUCUCCGCUAUCUUUGCUGCGAAUGUGCUAUCGAAGUAUUGAUAUUUGCGUAAAAUCACGUCAUGCACGUAAUUUUUUCAAAAAACGCCUUAUCGAUCAGUGGGCAGAGAAGAGUAAGGAAACAAAUCCAGAGAAGAUACGUUUUUACAUGGAUUUAGCGGGUUCUUUCCUGCAAGCCUUGCACACCGAUCGCACUCCAAAGCCGGGGAUGGUCGUUAAAUUUAACCUUUCUCGUCGGAUUGCACAUGAAAAGAAAAUGGAGGAAAGGGCCAUUAGUAAUGUUAAACGCGUUAGGAAGGUCCAAAAGGAGGGGGAAUAGUGUAUCAAUGAAAAGUACUCCAGAGGGGAAAGAUGAUCAAAUCCUCUGUCGCCAUUUUACCACUUCGUAUUUGGAGGCAUAGAGGUAUGGAGUGGGAAAAGAACACAAAAAUGACGAAAAA